GUUUUUCUAUCCAACUUGUGUGCGCUCUGGUGUUUUGUAAGCACGGAGACCAAUUUUCAAAGGCGCUGUGUAGUUACGAAGCAAAUCGACAGUCACGAGAGUAUUCUCGAAACUUCUGCAUUUAUAAACGGCAUAUAAACGUACACACGCAGCCUGAACGACGACAGCCUGUCUGAGAUGUCUGCGCAUUCGAGUUUCUACCAGGGAACGAAACGGAUAUCACCGUUAAAGAUAAGAAACCCCAGCAUUCUGCCAUCACAAAUCAUGCCAUCUCCAACGGGAGCUCCGUUCAAUUUUGCCGAGAUGCCUUGGUCAUUCGGAGUGAAGCCAGGGCAAGUGAUGGAGUUCAACGCCGUAAUCCGUCCCAGUCCGAUCACCGUUCCUUUGGGGCCAACCUCGACGGUGUUUUCGAUGCCAGCGACAAGUGGCAGUCCACCCACGUUUGUCCCAUCCCCGCUACAAAGCUCGCCGAUCCCGGAUGUUCGAAAACGAAAAACCGAACUAAACGUGGAAUCGAAUAUGUUACAGCCAUCGAAACAGUUUGUCACGGAGGAAAUUAUGUCGUCGCAUUUUAAGAAUCUGCAUUUGUCCACUGAAUACACAGCGCAUGACAUCAAUAGAGUUCAAAAUCACGUAUCGACGCCUGCAACAUUUGGGGAGGGCGGAGAAAUGAUGCUCGGCGACACAAUCGGCGGAGACAUGGACAAAUUACAACCGUAUCACGUGUGCAUGUCGCCACAGGAACUGGAGGAUCGGUUAAAGAAAGCCCAACGGAUUGCCAUCUGCGAAGAGGUGCGAAAGCUGGAGAACCGCGCAGAGAUUCUUCCGCAGGUGCUGCUGCAGCGCCUCGAAAAGCCAUGCACUGCGUUGAUGAUCUGGCAGCCCCCUCAGGACCGGCUAGAUAAAUUGCUUACAUCCGUGACGGAACAGAUGGAAAAGAGGGAAAAAACUGAACGAUCGGCGGAGAAGAAGACCGCUGCCGCCGCAAUGAUGUCAAUGGAUGAUGAACCGCUACCCGAUCUCCCUGACUACGAUGAAGAUUUGGACUUCGAACCAAACGUUCCGUCGUCGGCAACUCCCAGCAGCAAUGCUGUUUUCGUGCCCGACCUAGCGACCAUGGAUGUGGAAAUGUAGUUUUAGGUUAGCUUUAGACCCCGAACUCGAGGCGGUGCAAAUGCGUGUGUGGAAUUGCUGGCGAAUGCGAAUUUGUCUUUAAUGUUGUCUCAGUUUCACUGCUACUGUAUAGUGUCCUGUCUCAAGAUAACACGCACGUUAGUG